GGGCAGCACAGAGCGCGACAGCGCACAGCACAGAGUGUUUUCCUGUUGACGUGUCAACGUCGCAACAAUCAUCCAAGUUUCGUAGUGCAAUUAUCUUGAUAUCAAAUAAUAUCUCUGAAUUUAAGAACAUCCGAUCCACACGAAUUGAGAAAAGUGAGUAGUCGUCGACGUACAUUGAAUAACGGGAAGAUUGCGAAACAGUUUAUUUUUUUGGAAAAUCGCGGAGGCACAGUUGGUCGCGGCCGCCAUGUCAUUGAAACGCGUUAAAAACGUUGCGAUGCGAGAGUACACUAGUUCGGAGGAUGAGGAGAGCGUGAACAAUGAUCAGAGUGAUAUGGAUUAUGAAAUUAUGUCAAACAGUCGCUCGGGGCAGUCUAAAAACGAGGGAUCAGUUUUGUCAGGUGGGAGAAAUUGCCGCGGGGGUGGGAGUCGAGGAACCACCAAACGACCGUGUCUAAACAGGAAUGCGCUUUUAGCGCGAGAGAAUCGUCGUCGGAAGAAAGAAUACCUGGAGAAAAUAGAGAACAAAUUAGCAUUUUUUAAGCAAGAGAAUAAAAAUUUGGCAAACACGAUACAACGUCAGAACAUCGAUUUGAAGCGUUUGAAGGGUGAGGUUUCAUACCUUCGUAACGUUCUGAACAACAGCAGCAGCAUAACAAAUCUCUUGCGGUCGAUGAAUGAAUCGUUAUCGACCCGAAGAGCUGCAGCAGGAAGCGAGAUUCGAUCGAAUCGAAAAUGCGCAGAGAGCGGAUACUCAAAACAGCUGCGGACCGCGAGUGAAUGGAACGGGAAAUUGGAAAGUGCCGGUGGCAAGUGCGGGGGAGGAAAACGCUGCGAAGAAACUGCUGCCGGAAUGAGGAAUAGACUUUCAACCAUUGGUGGUGAUUCUGAUCACACUUAUACCAAUUCGUCACGAGAUAGCUCCGAAGAAAAUUCUUACUCAAUCGAUAACAACGAAAAUCAUCCCUAUCUCGGUAACAACGAAAGUUUCAUCUUCAAGGACAGCUUUGACCUUGAACUUGAUCGCUUGCCACCAUUCGACGAGGACAUAUUCAACUCCGUCGAUAAUUUCGACGAAAAUCUUUCUCAGGAUCUUGAGACUUAUGAUUCUACGAAAUUGUUCGAUAACCUCGACAACAGUGGCAUUUGUCUCCACGUCAAUUCCGGAAAAAUCUCCCUCGAGUUUUGCUCCAUUUGCCAUCUCAACAGUGCCAAUUCCAUCGAGUGAUGCAAGGAUUCGUGAAAAAAAAUGAACUGGGAAAUGGAAUUUCCUCAAGGUUCAUCUUCGUCUACCUUGAAACGCUUUGAUUGAUAAUAUUCUGCGAAUUUGGUCGAUUACGCGAUUUGUAUCGCACAUUCAAUGGUCGGUAUUUCGUCUCCAUACGCAUUAUCACAUGCUCUUCGUAAUACAUCAAAAACUGUUUUCUUACCUUACUCGCAGCUAUUGUUAUUUUUUUCUGCCCAAUCGAUUGUCAAUGCCUCGCAUCUGACACGUUUUCUGGGAGACCUUAUCUCUUCCGAUUGCCCCAAUAUUUUUAUAUAAACUUCGAUGAAUUUUGUAUUAUUAUUAUUAUUAUUUUGUAAGCUGUGUCAUAGAGAGAUUGUAAAAAAAACUUGUGUCACCGACUCUUGUUAUCUUCGUCAAACACACACGUGUAACAUUUUUUCCUCCGAGGUUGUAAAGAUUGUUUCAUUUUUGCAGGGCGGCGAAACUUGGUGGGAAUCAAGUGGCACUUGGAAUUGUGUUCUAAAGUCGUCUCAGUGUGAAAAUUGGAACUAGUCUCGGAGCCGCAAUCUUCCCCCAUAUUUGCAUUUAUCAAUAAAUAAUGCAUCGUUUACACAAAAAAAGAACAGGUUGAGUAUAAACAAGAAAAUGUAUCGUUCCACCAUUGAUUAUUCGAAAACGUCAGUGUCCUCGAGCAUCUAUCAUAAAUUGUCGAGUUUCAAACAAAACUUUCAAUAAGUAUGAAAAUCUUGCAUCAAGAAUUUGUCAAUUUUUCACGACAAAAGAAAAUACAAACGAGACAAGACACUGUAGGCGUGAUGGAUCGUUAAACAGUUUAUUUCUCAUCCGAAUGGACAUUUAAGUUUCAGCCUGCACAACCAAAGGGCAACGAAGGCCGUGGACCAACUUUCUGCGAUAAUCUUCGAUCACCGGUGAAGCUCAUUGGUAAUUUUCUGUGCGCCCGCCCUUAAAAACCGGACAGGCCAGUCUCUCGAUCGCCCGUUCGCAACUUCCAUCCUCGUAACGAUUCAAUAAAAAAAAAAUAAAAAAAAAAAAGGAAAGCAAGCGUACCAUUACCAAUUGAGCUUAAAACAUUGUACAGUAAACAUUAUGUUAGAAAAAAAUAAUAGAAGUAGCUUGGCGUAAUUUCGAGACUGUCCUAAUGGUUUGUUUCAUUUACAUGUUUACAAUUGCAAAAAAGGAACAAUUAUGCAAAAAAUGUGUAUAUCUCUUUAGCAAUUUCGGAGGAAAAAAAUGAUUUUCUAUUGGAAUUUUGUCAACCAUAAUUAACAAAAUUUGUUAUGAUUUUUUAAGAAACUUAUAGGAAAUGACGUUUACGUGUAUUUGUACGUAAUUGAUACAUAGUAAAGAUGAUUCAUUGCGGAGCACA